CGAGCUCUCCUUCCAUCAGGCCCCCGGCUUGGGGUGCCUGCCUUCCCCAUGGCCGGCCACCUGGCUUCGGACUUCCCCUUCUCGCCCCCACCUGGUGGUGGGGGCGACGGGACAGGAGGGCUGGAGCCGGGCUGGGUGGACCCUCGGACCUGGCUAAGCUUCCAAGGCUCUCCGGGUGGGCCUGGAAUUGGGCCUACAGUUGGGCCAGGCUCAGAGGUGUGGGGGAUCUCCCCAUGUCCUCCACCUUAUGAGUUCUGUGGAGGGAUGGCAUACUGUGGACCUCAGGUUGGAGUAGGCCUAGUGCCCCAAGUCGGCCUGGAGACCUUGCAGCCGGAGGGCCAGGCAGGAGCCGGAGUGGAGAACAAGUCGGAGGGGGCCUCCCCUGGGCCCUGCACUGCCCUUCCAGGUGCCGUGAAGCUGGAGAAGGAGAAGGUGGAGCCAACCGCAGAGGAGUCCCAGGACAUGAAAGCUUUGCAGAAGGAAUUGGAGCAGUUCGCCAAGCUGCUGAAGCAGAAGAGGAUCACGCUGGGGUACACCCAGGCUGAUGUGGGGCUCACCCUGGGCGUUCUCUUUGGAAAGGUGUUCAGCCAGACGACCAUCUGCCGCUUUGAGGCUCUGCAGCUCAGUUUCAAGAACAUGUGUAAGCUGCGGCCCCUGCUGCAGAAGUGGGUGGAGGAAGCUGAUAAUGAGAACCUUCAGGAGAUAUGCAAAGCGGAGACCCUGGUGCAGGCCCGCAAGAGGAAGCGAACUAGCAUCGAGAACCGCGUGCGGGGGAACCUGGAGAGCCUGUUUCUGCAGUGCCCGAAGCCCACCCUGCAGCAGAUCAGCCUCAUCGCCGAGCAGCUUGGGCUGGAGAAGGACGUGGUCCGAGUGUGGUUCUGUAACCGGCGCCAGAAGGGCAAACGAUCCAGCGUUGACUCCUCCCAGCGAGAGGAGUAUGAGGCUUCGGGCUCUCCUUUCCCAGGGGGGCCUGUAUCCUUUCCUCUGCCCCCAGGGCCCCAUUUUGGUACCCCAGGCUAUGGGAGUCCCCACUUCACCACACUCUACUCUCCCGUCCCUUUUCCUGAGGGUGAAGCCUUUCCCCCGGUCCCUGUCACCUCUCUGGGCUCUCCGAUGCAUCUCAAACUGAGACGCCUGCCCCACUGUAGUUUAGGGGAUUAG